AUGGAUUCUAAACAGUUGACCAGUGAACAGUUGCAUAUAAUUGCCAGCUGUGCGACAACUUGGAUUGAACAAAGACGUUAUACCAAGUUGGUAUCAAUGAAUGAGAAUAGGGAUAAGGUUGCCAAUGAGGUGUUGGAUACUGAGGUGAUAUAUGUUAGGAAUCUGGAGAUUAUGGUACAUUCUUAUCUGUUGCCACUUAGAUGUACUCAACCACCUUUGUUGUCAUUCAAACAUAUCAAUACGAUAUUUGGUGUCGUUGAGGAUAUAUUAAAGGUGAACAGGGAGUUGUUGACAUCGAUCCAACAACACAUGGACACUUGGAAGACCAACAAGACCCUAGGUGACAGCUUCCUAAAGUUGGCCCCAUACCUCAAACUCUACACCCAAUACUGCAGCAGCUAUGACAAGGCCAUCAACAAGUUAAAGCAAAAGACUGUUGAUUCCAAGGACUUUGCUACUUUCCAAAAGAAAAUAAGCCUUGGAUGUGGACAGGAGUUAUCAUCAUUGUUGAUCAUGCCAGUACAGCGCAUACCAAGAUAUAAGAUGUUGUUGCAGAACUUGGUACAGUGCACUCCAGUCGAGUCCAAUGACUACAAGGUGUUGGAGAGUGCUCUACAAUCAGUGUCAGAGGUGGCCGACCACAUCAAUGAGACCAUCCGUGAGCGACAAAACACAGACAAGAUAUUGAGUAUCCAGAAGAGGUUCACUGGACAUGUUCCACCAUUGUUGUCGCCACUUAGGACAUUCAUUAGGGAGGGAACUUUGACCAAGGUGUGCAGGAAGGAAUCAAAGAAGCGUUGGUUCAUCUUGUUCAGUGAUGCACUGCUCUAUGGCACCAAGACAGAGGCUGUUGGUAACCCAAUCUACAAGUUCCACAGACUACUACCAUUGCUCAAUUCAAGAGUUGUUGGUGUCGAUGACAAGGACUCAAAGUACAAGUUCUCAUUCCAUUUCAUUCAUACUACAAAGUCAUUCACUGUGUUUGCAGAGAGUGAGGCUGAGAAGCAGGUCUGGGUGAAGGCCAUUGAGAGCCAACUCAAGUUCUUAUCCAGGAACGAGGGCUCAUUGGCAAGGAUGGGCAGACAGUACAGCAACAUGUCCAUCGUCAAGAGUGAUGAUGAAUCAGAUAUCACAACAGCACCAGUAUGGAUACCAGAUAGCGAGGCGAACCAAUGCAUGGAGUGUGCUGUCAAGUUCACAGCAAUCAGGAGAAGACAUCACUGCAGACGAUGUGGAAACGUUGUAUGUGGCAAGUGCUCUGAUCAGACGUACAAGUUGGACAACCUCAAUAAGGAGGCAAGAGUGUGCAAGUCUUGCUAUACUUAUGUGUCCGUGGUGAUGGCCUCCCGCACUAAUAGUGGUUAUCUCACAUUGUCCAGAUCCCCAGGAGCUUCGUCCGAGAAUCUGAUGAAGGACUUGGCAGCAGCGGGUGAGUCGACCAAGGCAGUGGCCAAAUCAGCAGAGACAACAGAGGCCAAGGACCUGACCUCCAACGCCUCAUCAGCAUCAAUCGAUGAGAACAAGAAGGGAUCACUGACCAACACUCAAUCAGCAAGUCUGGUACGAUCUCAGGAGUUAAGUCCACCUUCCACCCCACAACCAAGCUCAAGCUCGCCAUUGUCAAGCCCUCCAGGCAGCCCAGUUAGUGCCAACAACAAGUUGUCUUCAACAUCUUCAACAUCAUCUUCAUCUUCGGACACACCAACAAAGAGUGAUGAGGCCUCAGGUGAUGGUGAGAUGACCACACCAACCAAGCCAGUCUCGAAGGGUCCACCAACUAACUCAUUGUUGGCAUUCUGUACCAAGGUGCUCCAGGCAUCACCAAAUGUCGAGCCAGCAUCUGGCAAGAAGGGAACGUUCUCACCAAGGAAGGAGCUCUCGUCGACAUCUUUGCUGGGCACCCCACCAAGAAGCGACUCCCCAAGCACAGUCGCCACAGCUUCCAACGAGCCAGCCACAGUGGUGGAGGCACCAGCACAGCCAACCCCAUCCACACUAUCAUCAACAACAUCGCCAGACUCUGAGACAGUGACAGAGACACCUGUGAUCAAGGUUGAUGAACCAGUACAAGCAUCAGCACCAAUGACACCACCACAACAGGACGAUGAUGAUGAUGAUGAUGAUAUUGCAAAGCUAUCAAUCAGCAAUACGCAUGAUUGGGACGUUUGUUCUGCUUCCACGACUUGCCCUUCAACCUCGUCAUCUUCAUCUUCAAUCCAAAAUAUGUCGCUAUCUUCCUCAUCCAACUUCAUCUCAUUGUCAUCAUCGACAGCCAUUUCCACUGUGAUCACUUUGGAAACGACUGUGAUUGUUGAAGAACAGUACCAGCCACAGCAGCAGGCACCAGUGAUCAAAGAGGUUGCUGUCACCCCAGACAUCUCUGUGACCAUCGAAGCCCCACCUGCUGAGACUCCAGCGCCCCACCACGAACAGCCAUCAACAUCCACUUCUUCAAUCGUUCCAUCAACCGAACCACUUAAAACUGCCGCAUCCAUCGAUGUUGCCGUAGACACAAACUCAAACUCAAACGCAAUCUCAAACUCAAACACCAACACUCCAGGCUCUCCGAGCGCAUCAAACAAGACACUUCCAACGCCACCACCCAAGCCACCCACGAGGAAGCCACUGCCUCCCCUGCCAGCCCCGCCAGUCAACGGUCCACCAAGACGCAAGCCUCCUACCCCCACCCAGCUAGCGGCUGCUACCACCACUGCAGUAACGUCACCAGACACCUCAUUGUAA